AUGGGCUGGACGACAAGGCCCUAUACGCUUACUCCAGCAGGUAUCGGCGUUGGGACGUUACUGAAAUUCGGGAUUUUGUGUUGCAGUUUUUGUCUUCAAACUGUGGAUAGUAGGGUGUUCAUGAAACAGCUGAGUGCGACACCGGCUGACACGAAGUAUGGUCGCGUCCGAGGACGACUGGUGGAGUUUCCCAACCGUCACCUUCGGCCGGUCGAGGCUUAUUUUGGAUUACAAUACGCUUCUUUAUUGAAGGGUAGUUUAAGAUUCAUGCCACCGACGAGUCCGACGGAAAAGUGGAAAGGGGUAAGGGUGGCGUUAAAACACAGGCCGGUGUGCCCGCAGAAGAUAGUGGAGGAUGCGGAGCUAAAGAAAAAGUAUCCUCAGGUGGUCGCUGAACAACUGGCCCGACUGACACCGUUCGUGAGAGAACAAACAGAGGAUUGUCUCACACUCAAUCUUUACGUUCCCACACCAGACACAAAUCAAACCAGUUCCAACAAGGACAUGGCUGUGAUGGUUUUCAUUCAAGGAGAGUCUUUUGAAAGUGGAACCGGAAAUGCCUACGAUGGAAGCGUCUUGGCUAGUUAUGGGAACGUUAUUGUUGUAACCCUAAACUACCGACUUGGCGUCCUAGGUUUUCUCAGCGUAGGAAGUGGCGUCGCUCCGGGUAACUACGCUCUGCUUGAUCUUACGGCAGCUCUUCAUUGGCUCAGGCAGAAUAUUGAGAGCUUUGGUGGUCAUCCGAACAAGAUUACCCUAUUUGGGCAUGGAUACGGUGCGGCUCUUGUCAGCGACCUUCUUCUGUCUCCAAUGGGCAGAGACGGCGGUCUUUUCCAAAGAGCUAUUGUCCAAAGUGGUUCGGCUCUUAGUCCAUGGGCAAUAUCGACAGACCCGGUGAAAUGUACGCUAGAUUUGGCCGCUAACGUCGGAUGUCCAGACACGCUGGACAACACUACUUCUUUGAUUAUGUGCCUUAGAAAUAAAACCCUCUGGGAAUUGUUGAAUUCCGUCCCCACCCCUCCCAAGUACCACACGUGCUUUGGACCGUCUGUAAACGAGAGAAGCGGCGCUCUUCCCCGACCAGUGGAUAACUUGCUCACGGAUCCAAUGUACGAGUCGCCUAUCAGCUUACUCUUUGGCGUGACUAAGCACGAAGCAAUCCGCUACUUGAAAGAAAGCGACGUGGAAGGCAAAAUGUCUGAGAGCAGAAAACAACAGAUCAUGCGAACGUUUGUACACAACUUAUUCUCCUACCAAAAGCAGAGGUUAUUUGAAAUUCUAGACCACGACUACACCGAUUGGGAGAGCUCACUGGAGCGCAGGUCAAGAAGAGACAACACACUCGAACUACUGAGCGACGGCCUGUAUGUGGCGCCAUUAAUGAAACUUGGCGAGUACCACUCCAAGAAAAGUGACACUUAUUUCUAUAGUUUUAGUUACUCGUCCAGGGCAGAGAACAUACCACACUGGUCUGGCAGCAUUCAUGGGGAGGAAUUACCAUACGUGUUCGGAGCGCCACUUGUGGACGGAUUAUCUCCCUUUCAGUCCGAGUUUAGUAAAUCGGAGCGCAUGCUUAGUGAAGCAGUGAUGACGUACUGGACUAACUUUGCCAGAACGGGGGACCCGAAUCUACCCGCUUCGCAGAGCUCUGUCCACGGGGGAACAGUUAAGAACCGCUUUGUCAGUCUCGAUUGGCCAAAGUUCGAGACGAGCACACAGCAUUACUUACACAUAGGAAAAAGGCCCAAAGUAUCGCAUCAUUACCGCGGCAGAAAGAUCGCGCUGUGGUUGGAGCUGAUUCCCAAUCUGCACCGCCCAGACGGAUCCAACACGGACAACGAUGGCUUGAGGAACACCAACAACCUGUCCACGUUUGACGAACCGAACAGACUGGUGAAUCUGGAGGACAUCUUACCAUUCACGGUUACCAUGCCGAUAACAACGGAACCGGCCGUUACCAACGCGACCCUGUCUGCCAUUUUAAAUGACAGACCGAAAGGCGCCACAGUGGAAGGUGGCAGGGCUGCCGAAGAUUCCCUGUCUCAAACAACAGAUAAUUCUGUGGCUGGUUUGAACAAAUCCAGGUCGGCGUUUAGCUUGUUCUCUGAUAAGACGAACGCAAUGCCUUUAAGCAUAACCAUUUCUAUUGGCUGCUCUCUGCUGUUGCUCAAUGUAUUGAUUUUCGUUGGAAUAUACUUUCAAAGACACAAGAUAAAAAAGAUGUACAAACCAUCAGGCAAGCAGGGAGACGAUAUCAAGUUCCGGGCCAAAGGAGAUGUCAAAGAUUGCAAAUCGGAAUUCGAAACAAUAAACUUACUUUCCAAAACAGAUAUAGACAAUAUUCAAUUAAAACAAAAAGUGAAAGAAACGACUAUAAACGAUGCGGGAGUUCCUAGUAAAAUAAUAAUGACGUCAUUUGACGGUUCGGAACCCAAGCAGUAUUCGCAUGUAGUGGACGCCUCAUCUAUGCACAAUGUGGAUGGACAGAAUAGUCGACGUGCGAGAGGUAUGCAAUAUGCAAACAGAUAGUACUGUGCCGGGAGAGAUUGUGUUAAAAGACUGUUCCACCAACUGAAAUAAUUAUUCCUUCAUAUGAGUGUAAAAUUAUUAAAUUUUAAGAUGAAAUUCGCUUUUCAUCACCUAAAUGCGCUUAUGACGAGCUGACGGACAUUCCUUCUUACUAUAUUUUACCAAUCGCACUCGGGAGAUUGUUACAAUUCCUUCUUUAGUGUUUCCAGUUCAUUAAUGUCAGUGCUUGUGCAAUAUGUAUCUGACCUUAGUAUUGUAAGGUCUAACAAUUUUGUAGCCUUUCUCCAAGCCUUCCUCUUUGUGUACCCUACAUCCAACCCUGCCCCUAAACCUUACCGUUUGUGUAAGUCAAACCGGGUAUUUACCGUUGUCCCUAAUUUGCUAUCUUUUCAAAUUUCUGCUCAUUUUAGUUUGGGAUCAACGCAAAAAAUCUUUUCCCACGAUUCCACCGUUCAAAAAAUCAAUAGCAUUUACACUAAACAGAGAGGAAAUGACGCUUGCCCAUAAUUGUUAUGUAACACUAUCAGACGAAGUAAUCAACUAAAAGCGUACAAACAGGCCUCAAUGGAGCAAUACCAUUUCUAAACACAGUCCUUUGCGGAAAUAUUUAAGCGGUUCAGAAUUUCUCACUCUCUUAUCUUCUGAAGUUGAGUGCUUGUGCAGGUCUGUUAGAGGGGGGCCCUUGGGGUAUGUCAGAGGUCUGCGUAGAACCACAGACCAUGACGGUGGGUUCUUUGGAACAUCGCCCUGGAAUUUCCGCCGGUCGGGAGACGUACCGACUUAAGGAGCGCUUUACAUAGAAGCUUAAUUUACUUGCCGGGAUUAUACCACCUUUGGGACAAUCGAGGAAAAGGCUAACCCGGCAGUCCUUAUUGGGGUUUUGUAAUGAACGG